GCCAUUUGUCAAACUCAAAAUUAUUGAAUCGAGGUGGUCGUGUUGAUAUCUUAUUUAUCUUCUUAAUAAACCAGUGCUAAGUAAACAAACAGCUUUAACAUGGCUCGUAACAUCAUUAAAUUGGGAGCUCUGGAAGCGCAAAAGACUGCGUUUCUGUUAUGUGAUAUACAAGAAACUUUUCGACCGCACGUAAAACAUUUUGGUGAAGUAGUAAGAGUUGCUAAUAAAAUGAUGGAAGCAUCGAAACACUUUAAAAUCCCAGUUUACAUCUCGGAACAAUAUCCCAAAGGUCUCGGGCACACAACCAAGGACAUAAAUGUUGAAGAUGCAGCUUUAGUGUAUGAAAAGACCAAGUUUUCCAUGUACACACCAGAACUGCAGGAGAGAUUGAAGAAAGAUGUGCCAGAUUUGAGUUCUGUAGUUUUGUUUGGGAUUGAGGCUCAUGUGUGUAUAGAGCAAACAGUUAUAGACUUGCUGAAUGAGAAUUUAGCCGUUCAUGUCUUGGCCGAUGGAGUUUCUUCAAGAUCGCUUAUGGAUAGACAACUGGCUCUGCAGCGAUUACAGUCGAUUGGUUGUUUCGUUGGAACUUCGGAGAAUGUGCUCUUCAAGCUACUAAGGGACAAAAGCAAUCCAGCUUUUAAAGCUAUUUCCAAACUCAACACAACGCCUACAGCUGAUGAGUUCGGUGUGAACACCCGUAAAUCUGUAUUGUAGAUGCCUAUUUAAUUAUAUACUAGUAAUCGGCCCUGGUUUCGCCCGAGGUGCGUAUAUAGCCUAUGUCAUUCAUUCAAAACGUUAUAAACAUACAAUAUUAGUGUAGAUAAAAUGUUCCAAAUUUGAUUUCUGAUUGAAAUAUGUGUCUAUGGAAAAUUUUUGAAAUUAAUCCAGUAGUUUUGUGUGAAAACGGUACAAACAUACAUACGAAAACAUAUAUGUUUUCUCUUUACAAUAUUAGAUUCAAUUAA